GCUGUAUCUUCUGUGUGAGCAGCUCCUUCUCCUCUCUGCCCUCUCCAUCCCCCCCUGCUCAUCAUGACAGUCAAGCAUCUUGAUCAGGGCCAGCACUUCAGGCCAAGGAUGGCAUUUCUCAAAAAGAUUGAGGCUCUGCUGUUAGAGAUGCAGGAUGCUGAUACCGGUAUCAAGACCCACACCCAACGACUUAUGAUAACGACAAUCCCACACGCUGUUACAGGUCAUGAUAUCCUGGAAUGGUUAAUACAGAGGCUGCAGAUUGCAGAUGAAGAGGCCCAACAUCUAGGAAACCUCAUGGUGCGCUGUGGAUACAUCUACCCCUUGCAAGAGCCCACCAACCUGGUGUUGAAUGUCGACAGCAGCCUAUAUAGAUUCCAGACUCCGUAUUUCUGGCCAACGCAACAGUGGCCGGCAGAAGACACCGACUAUGCAAUUUAUUUGGCAAAGAAAAACAUCCGGAAAAAGGGGAUAUUAGAAGAAUAUGAAAAGGAGAACUACAGCAAUCUGAAUAAGAAAAUCAACCACAAAUGGGAUUUUGUUGUCAUGCAAGCGAAGGAGCAAUACAAAGCCGGAAAAGAGAGGAAGAAAUCGGAUCGAGUGGUUUUGAACUGCCAGGAAAAAGCUUAUUGGCUGGUUCACCGACCCCCUCCUGGAACGCUGGAUGUGUUGGAAUAUGGACUCAAUCGGGCAACUGACCCCAAUGUUGUUAAGAAGAACACGGUGGAUCAUUACAGGAGGCAUAUCAUGUAUUACCAGCAGUCGCUGAUGAGAUCAACAGUAAAGUCUUCGGUGUCAGUGGGCGGGUUGCUGAAGUUUUGUGAACAGUAUUAUUCCCAUGACCCCAUCAUGUCAGGGUGCCUUCCCAGUAACCCCUGGAUUACAGAUGAUGCCAUGUUCUGGGAGUUGAAUGCUAAACUGGUGGAGCUUCCCACAAAACUGCGGGUGGAGCGCUGGGGCUUUAAUUUCAGUGAACUGAUUCGGGACCCCAAGGGCCGCCAGAGUUUCCAACUUUUCCUCAAGAAGGAAUUCAGCGGGGAGAACAUGAGUUUCUGGGAGGCCUGCGAGGACCUAAAGUACGGAGAUCAGUCGAAGGUCAAGGAGAAGGCAGAGGAGAUUUACAAGCUCUUCCUGGCCCCGGGAGCGAGACGCUGGAUUAACAUUGACGGGAAAACAAUGGACAUCACAGUUAAAGGCCUGAAACAUCCCCACCGAUACGUCCUGGACGCAGCACAGACCCACAUUUACAUGCUGAUGAAAAAGGAUUCCUAUGCGAGGUACUUGAAGUCUCCCAUCUACAAGGAAAUCCUUGCUAAGGCCGUCGUCCCGCAGGAGACCAAAAAGAGUAAUUUCCCCUUUAUGCGCCGCCAUCGGAGAUCGAGUCCCAGCCCUGUGAUCCUCAGGCAGCUGGAGGAGGAAGCCCGAGCCAAGGAGGCAGCAAACACUGUGGAUAUCACUCAGUUGUGCCAUUACACUGCUCCGAUCCCUCACCUGACUGUCUACACCGGCACCUGUGCCCCUCCCUCCCCCAACAGCUUGUUCCUUACCUGCCACCCUCCAGGGGACCCCUGCACUCCUUCCCCUGGACACUUUGCACUGCCAAACAUGGCUGCCUGCCCCUCCCCCAUUAGUGUUGCUAUAGAGAGCACCCCAGAGGUGGAAAGGAAAUGGGAGACAAAUGGUGCAAACGAGAAUCAUUUUCUGUCUCCUGCUGACAACGUGGAGGGUUCCUUUGGAUCAGAAGGAGGCGCCGAUGGGAAUCAUCUCUCUGUCCCCUCAGAACUCCGACCAACCCAAAAAUCCAAGGUCACCUUGUCCUUCAGUAAGUUGCUAAAGAGGGGGUGUUCCAACUCGCCUGUAUUCGCCACUCUGUCCCCGAAGUGCCCUGCAGUGAAUCAUGGGAAAGUGCAGCCACUCAACGACAUUGAACAGGAAUUGCAGCAAUCCUCCAGGAAGGUCACAAAUUUUUUCCAGAUUAAGGUGGAUAUCCCAUCCGAGUGCCGGAUUUACCCCAUAGAUUCGGAGGAGGAAGACAGUCAACUCGCUUGUAAGGAUUCCAUCCAGGAAGUUAUCUGCCCAUGGGAAAACAUGACAGAAGAAAGCAAAGUGGGGUAAGGGCUGGAGGGCCCCCCUGCUACCAGCUCUUUCCUGGGGUAGAUGGGAUCGUUAAACAAACUGAGAAUCUCAAUAAAAACAAUGAAGUGCAUUAGGAUCCAUGGAGAAUCCCACAAUCAGUAACCAGUUCACUGCCAGACAAGUAUGAGAAACUCCCGAUUAAGCACAGAAGUACUGACUAAUACAAACCUACCCAGAACCCCUUACAACUAAGAACCUGGACUGCAUCCCCCAAUGGUGGUGAGAGGGUUAAGCAGUGUUGUUCCCAGGCAUAGGGGCCAUUAUUUGCUUUUGUUCUUCAUUCCCCACUGACCCCUUUCUGUUGGGUGAGUCCGAUUGUCCAUUUCAGAGCCACAAGGUCAUACCCCUGCCCCAGUUACUAUGUCAGGUGACAAAUGCCCUCAUGCUCUUACCCUGUCCUGCCCCUGUGUGUGUACCUCAAGCAAAAUGGCGAAUCAGUGGGGUCACCCAAUCCAAAUACUUGCCAUUUGUACAAGAGAUUGUAUACAUAGAGCUUACUCACAGAAAGGCCUCUGGGGCAUAAAUACACACCUCUAUAAAUGCAGUUUGAGGUUUGGCACCAGUGUGGGGCAAUUAAACUGGAACUAUGGGGCAAAGUUAGUGAUGCAUUGUGGGGGGGGGGAAGUGGAAGAAAAAACAUGGUGGAUGCUAUUCAUCGUUGCACUUUGCCUUUCUUAAUAAAACGACCCCUAAGGGGAUCAUUUAUAAAUGCUCCCACAUUUUGGACGCAAUAGACAGCGCAUGUUAAUGCAACUCAUUAUGAUCCAAUUUUCACUUGCGUUUGUAAAUAAUCCCUUUAAUGAGUUAUGCUGGUGCCAAAUUAUUCCUCAGUUUCAGGGUCAGAUUGGCCAACCAGACAUUGCCCAGUGGCCCCCACACCUAAUGUGCCCCAGUAAAGGACAUUUCCCAUCAGCAUUUUCUUAUUUUCAUUAUAUGUCUUUAUGUAAGUGCUGUGAGAAUGAUAUCUCCAUGCAAUGUCCUCUGGAUGCCCAGUCAAACGCUGUUCAGUUUUGUGUGAUGAAUUGUUUCCCAUGAUGCCCUGUAGAACUCCCCUUUAUCUGUAAGAUAGAGAGUCAGAUGCCUUAUUGUUGGGAAAUUUCCUUUAAUAAAACCCUAUAAAUCACA